GUCAUAUUCUAUUGAUUAUGUUUUCGCUUCACUGUACUGCUCAGUUAUCCCUCUCUUCGCUCUUCUUUGACUCGCCUUUCUUAAAGGAUAGUACUAGAAGCUCCAUGUAUACCACUGCACACAAUGCUGUCACAGAAAAGUUAAAAUCAACAAAAGUUGAGUUCAACAUGUGGUCAUUGUUGUGUUAGUAAUAUAACUGAUCGAAUUUAAAGAAAUUCUGCGAUGUAAAUAUUUUAUUAAUAUUCAGCAACCCAGGAGUAAAUAAAGAAAUUAGCAUGGCUGAUAGUGAUCAGAGAAACAGAGUUGUCUUUCUUGGAGCUGGCCGAGUAGGAAAGACUGCUAUCUUAAAGCGGUUUUUAUUUAACACAUUUCUUGAGGAGUAUAAAGAGACUGUGGAGGAUCUCUAUGCUAGAGACUACAAUAUCCGUGGAUCGCUUAUUAAAGUUGACUUUCUAGACACAGCUGGCAACUUAACAUUCCCAGCCAUGAGGAGACUUUCUAUUACUACUGCUCAUGGAUUUGUUCUUGUCUACUCAAUCACUCAGGCCGAAUCUUUUGAAGAAGUUAAAAAUCUGUGGGCACAGAUCCAAGAGGAAAGAAGCAGUUACCAGGAAUUACCUUGUGUCAUUGUAGGAACCAUGAUGGAUUUAGAAAAUGGUCGGCAGGUUGAAAAGUUUGAUGCAUUAAACUGGAUUUACAGCAGUGGAUUUUCUGGUGGCUUUGUAGAGGUCUCAGCUAAAGAAGAUGAAAACAUAGAAGACAUUUUCCGAUUACUUUUAGAUCAGUCACGUGGUGAAGGUCGUCAUGUUGGUCCUUUAAGUCACACCCUGUCCACACGUCGGCGAAGUGCUAAUUCACUUGAUGAAAGUGAGCCAGAGAAAAGUGAAGAAUGGGACAGUGAUGCUAAAAAUUUCAACAGAAGUCGCAGUCUUGUGAGACGUGGUUCCAAGCCAAAAGUCAAAAGAACUCAUCGCCGAGGCAAACACGAUUGUCGCGUCUCUUAGUGGCCAGCUGAGCACCAGGUUUGGAGCAAACAACACAACUAUAACUUUAGACAAAGAAUUUUUUUUUACAACAAAUCUUAAUUAUUGUAUUAUCCAGAUGUUGCUUCCAAGAAAUGAGUGAAAAAAUUGAUUACAAAUAUUUUAAGAAUCGGUAAACUUGCGCAGGUGCGUUUGUGUAUGUGUAAGUUUUUACUUAAUAUCUCUUUUCCAUAUUUUUAAUUCGUAUUUUUCUUUCUGGCUUUGUAAAAUAAUUAUCCUCAUAAAUAGCUUUAUUGUGUUAAUAUUUACCUCGAACGAGGAUGAGUUUUUGGUUAUUUUUAAUUUCACAGAGCCUUAUUUGAGUAUUAAUGAAGUAAAUAACAAAUCGAUAUUAUUACAAUUUUUAUUAAUGUUUUAAACAAAUAUGAAAUUAACAGAGUUGUUUUCACUUUAAAAAAAUUUAACGCUUUUACCGUUUUUUGCAACAAAAAAAGGCCUCUAAACUAGACAUGUGUAUAUCUCUGGCAAAGAGACUUCGUCUUUCACACGUUACAAACAGUGGAUAUUGUCUCGGGCACCGAAUGACUUUUUCGUUAGCCAAACAGGUCUACAACAAGGGAACAAUAAAGACCAUUACAGGCUACAGGCACCACACUGCGUGUUUCAAACCUGCAUCGGCCUUUUCUUCAACUUCUUUGACUUUAACGGACUUCAAAUUUAACCAUUAAUAUGUCCUUUUUUAAAGGUGUCGUACUUUCUAAAAGGAGAGGGUGGGUGGUAAAAAUAAGGGAGGCACCAUACAGUAGCUCCGGUUCCGCUGGAAUUUCCGACCAUUUUUUAAUAUCCGGCAAUUUUCGGCUCCGGCCUAUUCUGCAGUAUAGUUGGCGGAAAGUAAAAAGUGCACAGGAGUACCUAUAUUUCUUUUAAUAGGUAUAAAAUUGAAGUAGUUCCAUUAAUGCCUGUUAUGAAAUGUAUUAAAGUUGAUAUUUAAAAUAAAAUAAUUAGGUUAAAAUAUAGGAAUAUGCAUGUUUUAUUACAAAGACAAAGCGUGUUAAUAUAAAUAGAAAUGAAGCUUUACAAUAUAAAUGCGCAUUACAUACAUAGUAGCAACGGUUGGUAAUUUUUGUUUGACUUUGUCUUAACGUUUGAGUGAGUCGGUGAACUAUGUCAAACUGGCCAGACGUCUAGCUGUGCGGCUACAUCAUCAGAGGUAGAAAUGAACACCUUCCACCCUUUUUAUUUUUUUUAGUCCAUAACAUUCAGCUUAUAGCUAGACAGGUGGACGCAAUGACGGCAUGUUGACAGUAAGUUUGUUUACUUGAUAGUCAAAAUCGUUAUAGUUGGUAUUUUGAUAACGUCACCAGUUGCCUAUGACCUAAUGAUAAAAUAUACAUAAUUUUUUAUAUUCAAAAUUAAGGACGCUAUUAAAGAGUGUCUAAUUUUCCUAUGCCUAAUUUUCCACACAGUCAAAGAGUGCCUAAAUUUCGGUAUCCUUAAUUUCCGGGUACCUAAAUGUAAAAAAAAAAUAAAAUAGAAAAUUUCCCCUUUCAGACCACGUGGUCUACAGGCCAGGUGAUGUUAAGGUCAUCUCUUUGUUCAACGGUUAACUCGCAGAAUUUCAUGUGGCCAUAACAACCACCAACCGUCUCUACUUUCCCCAACCAAAGUCAGGUACCCAGAGUUGGGUAGACUCAGGGGCGCCCAAAUAUCCCGAAAUUCAAAAUCCCAGUCUUUACCUUAUUUCUAAAUGUCCGGCUUCCUAAAUGUCCUGCUUCCUAAAUGUCCGGUGCUUAAACUACGAGUGCUUCUAUUUCCUAGAUUUAGAUACCCGGAGACAGGACUUGUGCAGCUCCCAAAACUACAGAAAAUAGAUUUGUGGCAGUACUCCGCCAACGUUUUUGUGUGGCAAUUUUAAACUCUAUUUGUUAUCUGUUGUAUAACUUAAAAUGGUAUAACAACUUUUUAAGAGAGGUAGAGAAAAAUACAAAAUAAUAAGUUCAAAAUAUAAUAUAUCUAUUAUAUAAAGCAGAAUGUUUGGCGUAUGUAUGUAUGUAUGUAUGUAUGUAUGUAUGUAUGUAUGUAUGUAUGUAUGUAUGUAUGUAUGUAUGUAUGUAUGUAUGUAUGUAUGUAUG